AUGGUGGGAUAUGAUUUCCACAUCAUCAACGCAAUAUUCUCAUCUCCAAUAUCACACGCUUCAAGCGCAGCUCUGGCCUACCCUGCACAAGCAACACGUCUUACAUCGCUUCAACAAUUCCAGCUCUCACAGGAGCAAAAGCAAUACAUAAUGCCGAAAUUAACCAAAAAGGCCCUCUGUAUCGAAAAUAGGUAUUCUAACCCCUUCGCACUUUAUCAUAUCCAAGCACCGGACCUUGAAAUAGUUGUUCAAAGAAAGCGGUCACGGUAUUUCUGGCUCCAAAGGGGAUGGGUAUUUGGAAGGGGGAGGAUAUGGAGGGGCAUGAUGCGGACUAGAGGUUAGAGAAAGAAUGGCAAAGGGAGCAAAGGGAGCAAAAGGAAGGCAGGGGCGAGAAACAGAAUUUCUGCACCAUUACCUGCUAGCAGAUCUGGUGAGGAAUAUGACAAGCGACGACGGGAGAGUUUGGAGAGGGCGUUUGGCGUGGUGGGUGUGGUGGGUGUGGAUGAUGAGAGGGGUGGUGGUAGGUCCAAGAACUUCUCGCUCCCUGAAUCCAAGCCUACAAGUGAUAGGGGAGUUAAGGAAAGGCAAACGAAAUAUAUACACGGUCAUCCAAAUGGUCUUCGAGCCCAUCCCGUAGAGCGAAAGUUUCGAGCGCCGUCAACUCAGAGACCGAGUUCUGGGACGAGGGAUAGAGACGAGGAAGGGAAGGGGGGAGGUGAUGAGGGCACUGAGGGUCGAGAAGCGAGUUAUUCUGAGAGGCAUCAGGAUGGAUUUCGAGCCAAGUCCGCGGAUGGGGAUGCCGUGUCAUGGUCGAUGACGAAAUCGCGUCACGAGAUGGGUAACGAUGGAUCUGAGCUUGAGGCGAUACUGGAGUGGGGCUUCAGGGAGUUGAAUACUGAUAUAUGGCACGUGGAGACAGACAUCAUACCACUACCGCAUCCCGAGCCUUCGGAUGAAUCUAAGAACGAGGGGAUGUCAAGUUCCGCCUGGGAAUAUGGUGGUUCUAGUGCGGAGCUGAAGGGACUAGUUCAGGAACCGGCUCAACACCAAGAGCUAGCUAGUCUCCCCAUCGCGGAGUCCGAUGUUAGUACACAACAACAACGACAACUACCACAGAGAAGCCCAUAUCAUCCUCGCCACCAACACUCUUCAACAUCCUCUUCAGAUACAGAAACGGACACAAUGAAGAAGGUGAACUGGGAUGAAUCGACCUUUGAAGAACAGCGAUAUCGUCCAACUGAACGUAGAGGUUCAAGAUUUCAACGUCACGGAGGACAUCCGACGGUUGCGGAUCUGAUGGGUUGGUCUUACUCGGGUCCUCGAUCUGUGUCUUCGACAUCCAGAAUUCCAUCUAUGCUGAGUUUGAAUGGAAAUUCAAUCACAGAAACCGAUAUCAAGCACAAGCAUGAGCUACGCUUCUCCGGACCUGUAACCAGGAAUGGGAAGUUGGUCAAGAGAGGGAGUCGAGGGAGUCUGGAAGUGCUGGAUUCGGUGAGUGGGAAUGGGGAACAAGUUAGGCCGGUUUUGAGUGUUAUGGAUGGACAGUUUUGGCGAGAGCCCCGUCGAACAAAGUCGAGGUCUAUGCAGGUGGAGACAAACAGGAAUUCCGAGGCACCGCUUCUGAAUGCUUACGAGGGACCUGAGAUAUCCGGUGGGAGAGAACGCAAUCAAAGUCCUCCUAAACACCCAAAGAUCCCGGAAUCCGCAGGCGGAAAUUUCGGGGACUGGUUCACCAAUGUGGAGAGUCGGAUUCAACAACCAUCUCAAUUCCCAGUACAGGCUCCGGUUACGACAAGUCCAACUAGAUAUAAUUCCCUGCCUGUUCCGGUGAAGGGGAAUGUGUUUGAGAAAUUUCAGAAUGGAAGUCUUCCACGCCACGAGGAGAGACUUCCUCUUACUAUGGGAGCAGAGGAAAGGGUACAUACUACUAUGCCACGGACUGGAUUUGGUUAUCAACGUCAACCCACACCGAGCGGUCUGGCACGACCUCUAAAUCCACCGCGGCCUUUGCCUACACCUCCUCCUGUAUCCAAUGUAUCGGAAGCAAAACAGGAGAGUAGUCCCGAUUCUUUCAAGGUCCUUUCUACUCCUCCCGAGGACAAGAAGGUAUCUAGUCUGCCUCCUCUGAACCAUAUUGUUCCACCUCCGAAAUCCCAAGUCCCGAAUUUCAGUCUGCCUGUGCCGUCGAGGAAUGAGGUACAAAGCAAGAAACCAAUCGAUAAACCAAUCGAGAAGCCAGUCGAGACACAAAUCGACAAGACACCGGUUCUGCGAACUAAACUUCCUGUACCUACCACACCAUCAGCCAAGAAGCAAGAACUCAGAAUCAGGUCUCCGACCAGUUCAUCAACACCACAGAGAACACCUAGCUUCAAUGGAAGCCCCAGUUCAGUGAACAGCGUUUACCAUACUCCAGCAAGUAGUCUUACCAGCUCAAGGGUUGAUCUUACGACCUUUGGUGGUAAUGUUAUGAAUACCCAAGAAGAUAAAAAGAUACAGGCCGAUGAAGGACAGAGGGAUGAGAUGAGUGAAAGUACAAAGAGUUCUUUACCUGAAGCACCAAUUAGGACUCCUCCUGUUCCACCGACAGCAGAGGUUACGAAGGCUGUACCUUUGGAUUCGAGAUCUGAGCCUACUCUGACUUUCCUCUCUUCCGACCCAAACACUUCUCGAAGAUCCGAAGCAGGGGAGAACUCAAAUAGAGCCACGUCUUUGGAUGCCACCUGUAGCUCAGAGCACUCAGCAACCACGACGAUGGCCAAACACGCGGAGAACAAACCACCAAAUCCAGCGUUUCCAGCAAUAAGUCCUCCAAAGACACCAUCCCAAACCCCUCCUCCCAUCAAUGAACCCAAGAAACCAGCACUCAAAUCACUGAGCCGUCACCCAGACGCACAUUACUUCUCACAACUCUCGAACCCGAAAAGGGUAUCUCGGUGCAAGUCUUCAGAUGUCUUGUCUCCACCACCAGCUCUUUCCGAACGUCCAUUCCUGUCUCGCACCACGUUUUCGUCACAAUUUCUAUACCCUCUGACAUCGAAUCCGCACCUGAAAGUACAGACUAGCUCUUUACCCACUACACCUAAAUCACAGCCACAAGCACAAGCACAAGCAACUCCCGAUCAACAAAAUACCUUACAAACACACCCCGAACCAUCACGCACCACCACCUCUUCCACCACCUCCCCACAAUCCGCAAGACCCUCAACAGCACCCUCAACAGCACCCUCCACCACACCCCCUUCAAUCCUCAAACUGCCCAAAAACCGUCACCCAAAUAACCCACUAAACACCCAUCCCCCCAACAACCCACCGAAUAAUCCCAAACGCAACACCUCCUUACCAAACCCUAACAAACUCCACACAGAAAGAAAUAAAGAAGUCAAAAAGGAAGUUAAAAGAUUUGAAGAAAGCCGGGGGUUCUCUGGAGGGGUGUCGUUGACGGAGGUGUUUAGGGAGGGCGUUAAGAAGGGUCAUGGGUUGGGGUUUGUGGAGGGGUAUGCGGCGGGGGUUAGGGCGGGGAGGGGUGGGUUGUGA